AUGCGGGCCUGGCGCCACGAGGCACGGCGCGGGCCCUUGCUGCGCGCGCUAGCUCUGCUGGCGCUGUUGCCGCGCGCCGCCUCAGCAUCCGCGCCCGCCGCGACAGUCGCGCGGCCGUGCACCGCAAACCCGCUGUGCGUCUGUCGCGGUGACCACUUCGCCUGCGACAACGUGCCGUUCCACCGCUUUCCCGAAACAGAGGCGGGCGUGCGCCACGUGGCCGUGUCGGCCGCGCGGCUGGGUGCGCUGCCCGAGGCGGCACUGGACGCGCGGCCGCUGCGCACGCUCGUGCUCGUGGACUGCGCGCUGCACCACGUAGAUGCGCGCGCCCUCGCGUCGAUGACGGCCAGCCUGGCGUCGUUGGACCUGAGCUACAAUGAGUUCACGGAGGUGCCCGGAGCGGCGCUGCGACUGCUGAAGGGGUUGAACUGGCUCAAUCUGCAGAACAACCACAUCAGCGAGCUGGACCCGGAGAUGCAGUGGGGCGGUCUGGGCGAGUCGCUGAGCACGCUGUCGCUCAGCAACAACGCGCUGGACACGCUGCCUGCGGGCGCGCUGGCGGCGCUGCGGCGCCUGGCACGCCUGGAGCUUGACGGCAACCGCCUGCGCGUGCUAGCGCCCGGCGCACUGCCCGGCGCGCUGGCGCUGUUGCGCCUGGCCGACAACCUGCUGCCCGCGCCGCCGUGCCGCGCGUUGCGUCUCCUGCCGCGUUUGCGUCACCUUGGCCUGCGCAACAACCUGCUGCGCGCCGCCGCCUGCGUGCCAGCGCGCCUCGACGCGCUCGACCUUAGCCACAACGAGCUCUCCAACGACCUGCGCCUGCAGUUGCCCGCCGGCCCGCACUUGAAGCGGCUCAUCCUGGACCUCAACGACUUCACGAGUGUGCCGUCCUUCGUGCUCGACUGCGGCCACCUGGAGCAGCUGUCGAUGGCCCACAACGACCUGAAACACAUAUCCGACGCGGCGGUCCACGCGCUCGCGCGCAGCUUGGAGCGGUUGGACCUAGACCACAACGAGUUGGCCGCACUGCCGGCGCGUUUGCGCGACCUGGCGGGCCUGAGCCGCCUGUCGCUGGCGUACAACCUCCUCGAAGACGUCGCGGAGUUGCCUCCCAACUUACGCUACCUGUCUCUCGCUGGAAAUUUCUUAGCGACGUUUCCCACCGGUUUGCGGCAUCUCAACCCCAUGUCCCUAAAGUAUCUAGACCUCGGCUACAACCGCAUAUCGCACGUGGCGGCCGAGCACUUCAGUGCGUGGGCGGGCGCGCUGGCCACUCUGAGCCUGCGCGGGAACCGCCUCGCGCAGCUCUCGCUGGGCUCGUUCCCGCCGCUGCGGUUGCGGGAACUGGUGCUGAGCUUCAACGACCUGUACGGCGUGGAGGCAGGGGUCUUUUCAAACUUAACGGAGCUGCGGGUGCUAGAACUGUCAGCAGCGCUGCCCGGCGGCAUGCUGCCCAGAGGCGCGCCGGCGGUCACGUGGCUAAAUCUGGACAAUAACAACAUUCAUUUGGUGUCCUCGAACGACUUGCUCGGCUACCCCGCGCUGGAGUAUCUAAAUUUAGAUUUCAAUAAAUUGAUAGAAUUCCCGAGUGAAACGAGUAGCUCCAACGUUUCUUACAGAUUGAAGGAAUUGAGACUGUCGUAUAAUUACAUAAGCAAAAUAAAUUCAGUGUUUCUCGAGGAAGUGCCGGAACUACAGAGCGUAGAUUUAUCCUAUAAUCGCAUGCAGAAUAUUAGCCAACGAGGAUUUUAUAAUUUAGGAAACUUAGUUUAUUUAAAUUUAGCCGGAAAUGUUGUGGAACUUAUCGCCGACGAAGCGUUUGUCGAUUUGCCGAAGUUAGAAGUAUUGAAUUUGCAAGAAAAUAAUUUAGCUGAAUUAUCGACUAGAUGUUUAUCGAACGUCUCGAAUGAGGGUACAAAUUUCGCGGUGAACGUUAGCUACAAUAGACUGACGACACUCUCCGGAGGAAAGUUAGUUUCUAUUAAUGUUCUAGAUCUGUCGCACAAUCUGUUACAGAGCAUUUCGCGAGAUUUUUUCGAUUCGGUGGGACAGCACGUGAGGCAAAUUUUUCUGUCCCACAAUAAGCUGCUGCUAAUCGAUACAUCGGUAUUUGGCACGUUGCCAAAUUUAAACGUACUGAACUUGCACAAAAAUAACAUUAGCAUGGUUAAACGGCGCGCGUUCUCAGAGAUGCCGUCAUUACAAAUGGUGGACCUCUCCGACAACCACAUCGAACAGCUAGCGCCCGAGCAGUUCCACGGCCUACGCCGCUUGCGCCAGCUGCGCCUGGCGCGCAACGGCCUGCGCGCGCUUCCCGGGGACGUGUUCCAGAACACGCUGCUGGAGGACCUGGAUCUCAGCGGCAACCACCUGGCGCUGUUCCCCGCCAGCGCGUUGGCGCGCGUGGGCUUCACGCUGCGCCGCCUGCAGCUGGCGCGCAACCGCAUCGAGCACCUGGACGCCGCCAUGCUGCGCGCGCCCGCCUUCCUGAGCGAGCUGGGCUUGGCGCGCAACGCGCUCAGCGUGCUGCCCGACCACACGCUGGCCGGCGUGCCGCGCCUGCGCCGCCUCGACCUGGCGCACAACGCGCUCAAGGCCAACUUCAAGGAGCUAUUCCGCCACGUGCCGCGAUUGCGCCACCUUUCGCUAGAGGGCGCGGGGCUGCGCGCCGUGCCGCCGCUUCCGCUCGGCAACCUCACGGAGCUCAGCCUGCGCGGCAACGCCAUCUCCGCCUUCGGCGCUGCCGACGUACGGUGGCUGCGAGAUUUGCGCGCGCUCGACCUGGCCGGCAACCGCCUCACGUCGCUGCGGCCCACCAUGUGGGAAGCUCUGCCCCACCUUAUGUCGCUCGAUGUGUCCCGCAACCCCAUCGCGCGACUGCAGCACGGCUGUUUUGAUGGCCUCGGGCGCCUGCUCCGCCUGCGGAUGGACGAGCUGGAUCACCUCGAGGCGGUGGAGCCGAGCACGUUCCGUGCGCUGGCAUCGCUGCGCUCGCUGGCGCUGGAGUCUCCCGCGGCUCGCGGCGCAGAGCUGCCGCUGGCGGAGCUGGUGUCGGCGGCGCCGCAGCUGGAGGCGCUGGCGCUGCGCGUGCGUCGCGCGCGGCUGGACACGCAGCUGCUGCGCCUGCGCGCGCCCAAGCUGCGGGUGCUGGAGCUGCGCGGCGGCGCGCUGGCGCACGUGGCGGCGCCGGCGCUGGCGGCGCUGGGGCGGCAGCGCGCGCUGUUGCUGCGCGUGGCCGGCACGCGCGUGGCGACGCUGCCGCCCGGCCUGCUGGCGCCGCUGGCGACCGUGCCCCAGCUGGCGCUGGAACUGGCGCACAACCGCCUGGUCGGCCUGGAGCCCGCCGCACUGUACGCCAACCUCAGCGACUGGCACCGACUCGCCACCAAACUGCUGCCGGGCGGGCUCCUGCUGCGCGGCAACCCGCUGCGCUGCGGCUGCGCGGGCGCGUGGGCGGCCCGCUGGCUGCGGCGGUGGAGCAGCGAGGUGGGCGGCGGGUCGGGGGCGGCGCGCGAGGCGGCGCGGCGCAGCGACUGCGCGGCGGCGGACGCGCGGCCUCGCCCACUGCUGCUGCUGGGCGACGAGGUGGAGUGCGGCGCGCGCGCGCUGUCCGGCCGCGCGCCGCGCCCGCGCUGCCCGGCGCUGCCCGCACUUGCGCUGCUGCUGCUGGUGGCCAGCUAG